AUGGGGUUUCCGAAGAAGAAAGUGGUGGAUUCCGGGCUGGAAUAUGACGGGAAGAAAUGGCUCAUCGCUGGAAUCUCGAUAAAGCCACUGAAGCCGGUCAACACGAAACCCAGAGGCAGAGCAACCGCCGCCGACGGAGGAGGAGAUAAUAAUACGGCCGCCUGCACUCGUGGAGUCGAGGAAGCGGAGGAGCGGUCAACUACCCCGACGGCAAGGGAGGCGAGAAUACCGGAGAAACUGCCGUGCCCGCCGGCCCCGAGGAAGAGAAGGUCGCUGCCGUCGAAGUGCAAUUACGCCGGCGGGGCCAGAGACUUCUUCACCCCGCCUGACUUGGACUCAGUCUUCAAAUGCUAUGUCGAGAGAGCAAAUUAG